UGUCUCCUCUCCAAAUCUUCGUCCCACGCGUUUCAUUUCUCUACAUAUUAUUUCAUUCCAAUUUUUCUUUCAGCGCAUAUAAUUGGGAACCAAGUUACAAAUCAAUGGCUUCCAAUGCGAACCACAAUCCCUACUUCGUCUUCAAGCUUUCGCUCCUUCUCUCCCUUUUGAACUUCUCCUUGUCCCAAACCGACGUCGUCGGGGCUCCAUCUCCCUCCUCCGAUUCUUGCAACGGUAUAUUCUUGUCUUACGCUUACAGUUCCGGUACCAAGCUAAAACCCAACGACCCGACCCACCAGCCUUACAGGUUCGAGUCGGUAUUAACGGUGCUGAAUAACGGCGACGAGGAGCUUAAAUCGUGGAGAGUUUUCGUGGGGUUUCAAAACGACGAGUUUUUGGUUUCGGCUUCGGAUGCUGUUUUGGCUGACGGGACGAGUUUGCCUGCAAAUGUUGGGAACGGCACCGUUUUCGCCGGGUUUCCGAUGAGUGAUCUCAAAACGGCUAUUGAAACGGCGGGGGAUUUGACUCAGAUGCAAGUUCAAGUUAAGCUUGUUGGGACUCAGUUCGGCGUGGCGGCUCCCGGUGUACCAUUGCCGAAAAGCAUUCAGCUUGCUAACGAUGGGUUUAUUUGUCCCAAGGCUUCUAUGCAAGGUAGAAACGAGAUGCAAGUUUGCUGCACCAAAGACCCAAAAUUCAAAUCGAAUGUUACCUUAGAUGAGGAGUUUCUGCCUCGGCAAAGUGGCGAUCUUACGAUUAUGUAUGAUGUGACCAGAACGUAUGACUCAAACUAUUGGUCGCAGGUUACAAUAUCGAACCAUAAUCCCCUCGGCCGUCUUGAUAACUGGAAGUUGAGCUUUGAUUGGAUGAGGGAUGAGUUUAUAUAUACCAUGAAAGGGGCUUAUCCUUAUGUUGUUGAUUCGACUGACUGCAUAUUUGGCCCGCAAGGACAAUACUACAGAGAGCUAGACUUUGGCAAUGUGUUGAAUUGUGAGAGGCGGCCGACGAUUAUCGAUCUGCUUCCAACAAAGGCCAAUGAUACAACCCUUGGGUUGGUCCCCAAAUGUUGCCGAAAUGGUACUAUCUUGCCUCCAUCGAUGGACCCUAGCAAGUCAAGUUCAGUAUUCCAGAUGCAGGUCUUUAAGAUGCCACCAGACCUCAACCGUUCCGAGCUUUCUCCUCCUCAGAAUUGGAAGAUCAACGGUACAUUGAACCCUGACUACAAAUGUGGCCCUCCGGUGCGUGUCAGCCCUAGCCAGUUCCCGGACCCAAGUGGCUUGCCCUCAAACAAGACUGCAGUUGCUAGCUGGCAGGUGGUUUGCAAUAUUACACAGCCAAAGGGUGCAAGCCCCAAGUGUUGUGUGUCUUUUUCUUCCUACUACAAUGAUUCAGUUGUCCCGUGCAGAACUUGUGCAUGUGGGUGCCCAAGCAACACAGCUCGCACUUGUAGCACUAAUGCUCAAGCGGUCCUUCUUCCUCCCGAGGCACUUCUCGUUCCAUUUGAGAACCGAACUACCAUGGCUCGAGCUUGGGCUGAUCUUAAACACCGAACAGUGCCAAAUCCAAUGCCAUGUGGUGACAAUUGUGGGGUCAGCAUAAACUGGCAUGUUCUUACCGACUACUCUCGUGGAUGGAGUGCUCGUAUCACAAUAUUCAACUGGGAUGAAACCGCAUUCCCCGAUUGGUUUGCUGCAGUACAAAUGGAUAAAGCCGCCUUAGGGUUUGAAAAGAUGUAUUCCUUCAACGGAACUGCCUUGGACUUGAGUGGGGUUAACAAUACUAUUCUCAUGCAAGGUCUUCCCGGAUUAAACUAUAUUGUGGGAGAAACUGAUGGAACCAACCCAGAGAAAGAUCCAAGAGUGCCUGGGAAACAACAAACUGUGAUCUCCUUCACCAAGAAAAAUAUCCCCGGCAUUAACGUGGCUGCUGGUGACGGGUUCCCCUCUAAAGUUUUCUUCAACGGCGAGGAAUGUGCUCUUCCCUUGGUAUUACCGACAAACGAUAGUAACGGAAAGGGCUCCACUACAGUACUCUCAAUCUUGGUGGCAGUUCUUGUGUUGAUAAUGGUGCAUCAAUAGCUGGAAUGAGCCGGUCUUUUGAUCAUGUAUCGAUAGCUGAUUCGUUAAUUCUUUUGAGCGGUUCGAUCAUUACAUUGCUGAAGGUACCGAAACUGGAAUUUGGAGUACAAUAGGUUGCUGCCUCAGGUUUAUCACCAUGUAGUCUCCACGUAAUUCUGAAAACUUACAAACAUAUGUAAUGAUCCAUGAUCAUACGAGAAUGUAAACUACAUUUAUUUUCC